UAGUGAUUAAAGAAAUGUUGUCUGCCUCAGCAUUGGAUCAUUCACACACGUUUUGCACUUUUCCCUCUCUCUUUCUUUCUCUCUCUAAAUGCUUUCUUUCUCUCUCAGACUCUGAAACUCUUUUCUCUAUUUUAUUUUAAGGCCAGAGAGGAAGAACAUCACCACCAACAGCAGCAGCAGAAAAAGAUUUGGCGGUAAUAAGAAAUUGAUGGAUGAGUAUUCUGGUAGAAGAGGUGUGGAUGGGGUGGCAGUCCCUAGAAAGGGGAUGAACCAUGUAUUUAGAGAUACUGCUAAUACUAGAGAACGAACAGGUCAAGUUUGCAGCAAAUUGGGUUGCAGUAGUAGAGCCAAUAUUCCCAAAGUUGCUCAAGCCAGAUCUUCUGAAAAGGGUAAAUCUGUGAGGCCUGUAUUCCAGUCUUCUUCAAGUAGCAAGGAUGAAAUUGGAAGUUCCUCUAGAUCUACUAGUAACCCAGCAAAACGAACUACGGAACCUCAGAAAGUAUUUCCCUCUCAGUUUGAGGCAGAUUCACCUGAGAGUAGUAGUGUACAGGAUGAACCAGAAUCUUCAGAGCUCAUCCCUCCAUCAGAGGAAAUUCAGAGAGGGGCUAAAUCCAGGGGGCCAAGUUCAGAGUCUAGUAAUGCAAGACUGAUGGAAGUAGGAAGCUCCAGUACAGUAUCAAAUACUAGAUCUCAAAGGAAUUUAAAUCAAAGACCUGGAUUGCGUGGACAAGAAAUCAAAAGCACUGGUCCAGUGAUACAUGCUGUUUCAAGCCGGUAUGGAUUGAGGAACAUCAGAUGCAACACUAUAUCUUAUGUUAUCCCAUCUAGUUGUUCAUCAUCAGAUUCAAGUCAUAAUAGAAGGAAGGAUACAACAAAAAAGAGAGACGGUGAAGGGGAAAGUAGUUCCACUGUCAGAGGGAAGAAUGUCAUUGGAUCUUCAUCGGAAGGACGGAGUUCUGGCUCCAGAAAUGGCAUAUCUAUAUCUGAUUCAAGAAGAACAAGAAAUACAUUUUCUCACCGGAAUACCAGUUUGGCACCAGUAAGAACUCAAAGAUCACUUAGUGGUCAUGUCAGGGCAAGGAUUUCUAGCCAAGGAAAUGAAAACCCUUUGGCAACCAGUGAGUUCCCUCAUUUUGGUGAUGUUAAUCCUCACGGCAUUUCAUGUCAGAUUUCUAUGGAGACUCCUUUAACUUGCUCAAGCUCUUGUGAUUCACCAGGCAAUAGCAGUGAGGAUUUACCUCUGUCUCCUCCUGCAGAAGAUGACAUAACUGAUUCUCUAAAUGGGGACAGCUUUUGGCAUUACAAUAUGUCCAGUAUUGAAGGGGUAUUGUUGGCCCUUGAGAGGAUUGAACAAGGUGGAGAGCUAACCCGCGAGCAAAUUACCGACAUCUACGAGAAUGGAUUAAACUUUUAUGAUCACCAUAGAGACAUGCGGUUGGAUAUUGAUAACAUGUCCUAUGAGGAACUCUUAGCUCUGGAAGAGAGGAUGGGAACUGUUAGCACAGCUCUAUCGGAGGAAGCACUUGCAGAAUCUCUUAAAAGAAGUAUAUAUCAGUCUCCGCCUACAUAUGACACAGAUGAGAAUUGCAAUCAGGACAAGGAUGACAUCAAAUGCUGCAUUUGCCAGGAGGAAUAUGUUAUUGGAGAUGAAGUUGGGGACCUGCCAUGCAAUCAUAGGUUUCAUGUGGAUUGUAUACAGGAGUGGAUGGGGCUGAAGAACUGGUGCCCUAUUUGUAAAUUAUCUGCUGCACUGUCUAAUAAUUCAUCUUCAUCUCAUUGAUUGCAUUGUUCCUUUUACUUUUCAUUUUGUACAAAAUACAGUUUCAGAUUUCCUCUCUUUUUCCUAUUCAUCAUAUUUACAUAGCCAAUGUCUUCAUCCGUACACUAAUAAGCUAAGCCACUGGGUUGAUGGACUUUGAAACUUCUUUAUA